UUAGUAAUAUUUAUGUGUACGGCGAUAUUUUUGAGCUCGUCAUUGUAACUUUGCGAAAGAAUGACGAAUGUAGCGUAAAGUAAUAUACUGAAUGGGUGAGUUGUACACCGGCUCUCGACACCUGGUGCAAAGGUGUACCGUCUUAUUUAUGGAUUUGUUUUUAACGUAAUUGUAAUAAGACGUUAACUAGCUGUUCAUAUAUAUGUUUUAUCCGUCCUGGAGGGGGAGACUGUGCAUUUUAUUAUAUUUUAUUUACCUCAAUGGCAACAGAAGACUAUAAGAAACAAUGGAACACACCAGGAGACACGUCAACACUAAGAAAGAGAAAGAACUUGUCAGAAAACACUCCUCUGUCAAAAGACCCUGGACGCUGGACACAAGAUGACCCCGGGUCCUCGAACGGAACUCUGGCGGAAUGUCAUGGAAGCGACAGCAACAACCCUCCAGCCACACUGCUGCUGCUGCUGGUGGUGGCUUCUCUGUCUUUCUCCACGCGUUUCCACAGAUUGUCAGAGCCUUCGCACGUGUGCUGGGAUGAAACGCACUUUGGAAAGAUGGGAAGCUACUACAUCAACAGAAGCUUCUUCUUCGAUGUUCAUCCUCCUCUUGGAAAAAUGCUCAUAGGCCUGGCUGGCUACUUGACCGGGUAUGAUGGAACUUUCCCUUUUGUAAAACCAGGAGAUAAAUAUGAAGACCACAACUAUGUUGGGAUGAGAGGGUUUUGUGCAGUGUUGGGAUCCUUUCUGCCAAUCUUUGCCUACCUCAUAGUGUUGGAAUUGUCCCAGUCGAGCACUGCAGCUCUCAUCACUGCUGCCGUGCUCAUAUUUGACACAGGCUGCAUCACCAUAUCCCAGUACAUCUUGUUAGACCCCAUUCUCAUGUUCUUCAUCCUGGCCGCUGUGCUGUGCAUGGUCAAGUUCAACCACCUGACACAAAGGUCAUUUUCUGCCUCCUGGUGGUUCUGGCUGGUAAUGACAGGAGCAAGCCUGACGGGGGCGUUGGGUGUCAAGUUUGUGGGUCUGUUUGUCAUCCUCCUUGUGGGUCUGAACACGAUCAGUGACCUGUGGAGACUACUAGGAGACCUUAGCCUUUCAAUGGUGGAUAUUGCGAAACACCUGGUGGCCCGCGUCGUUGGCCUCAUCAUUCUCCCGCUCUUUCUGUAUGUGACAAUAUUCGCCAUUCACUUUGUUGUGCUGAAUAAAAGUGGACCUGGAGACGGUUUCUUCAGCUCUGCCUUCCAGUCACGACUGAUUGGUAACAACCUGCACAACGCUUCAAUGCCUGAGUACCUGGCGUAUGGCUCCACCAUUACUGUGAAAAACCUCAGAAUCGCCGGAGGGUAUUUGCACUCCCACUGGCACUUGUACCCGGAGGGAGUGGGGGCCAAGCAGCAGCAGGUGACGGCCUACCUCCAUAAAGACUACAACAAUGUGUGGCGUGUUCACAAACAGGAUCAUAAUGAAUCUCAGUCUGGGCCUCCUGAUCUGGUCAGACACGGUGACAUCAUUCGACUGGAGCACAAAGAAACAACUCGCAACCUUCACAGCCACCUCCAUGAAGCCCCUCUGACCAAGAAACAUUUCCAAGUUACAGGUUAUGGCAUGAACGGCACAGGAGACUUGAAUGACCUGUGGCAGUUGGAGGUUUGUGGAGGCAAGAAGGGUGACCUGGUGAAGGUGCUACGCAGUAAAGUCCGCUUUCUGCACCGAGCCACAGGCUGUGUGCUUUACUCCUCUGGAAAGACUCUACCAAAGUGGGGCUGGGAGCAGGUGGAGGUGACCUGUAGCCCUUACCUGAAGGAGACACCCAGCUCUCAGUGGAACAUUGAAGAUCACAUCAAUCCAAAAUUACCCAACAUCAGCCUGUCGUUGCUCAAGCCCCAUUUCCUGGAGAUCUUACUGGAGUCUCAUAUUGUUAUGAUCAGAGGAAACAGUGGUUUGAAACCCAAAGAUAAUGAGAUGAACUCCAAACCUUGGCACUGGCCUAUCAACUACCAGGGUUUGAGGUUUUCAGGAGUGAAUGAGACGGAGUAUCGAGUUUAUCUGCUGGGAAAUCCUGUGCUGUGGUGGAUGAACCUGGCCAGUCUGGGCCUGUAUCUCAUCAUGUCUGCAGUGGCCUCCGUUGCCCUUCAGAGAGGCUUCUCUCUGGAACCUAAAAGAAAAGAACACGCUCACGUGUUACUGAGAGGAGGAGGACUCCUGCUUCUGGGUUGGCUGCUCCACUACGCACCGUUCUACACCAUGGGCCGUGUCCUCUACUAUCACCACUACUUCCCUGCCAUGCUGUUCAGCAGCAUGCUAACAGGAAUCACUUUAGAUGUGCUGUUCAGAAGUGCAGACUUGUUGCUCCGCCCACCAUAUUCUGAUUGGCUGCAGAGAGCUGGGCUGAUGGGACUUCUGUUUACUGUUCUGUACAGUUUCUACCUUUUCCACCCACUCUCUUACGGUAUGACUGGUCCCCUGGCACAUGAGCCAGGCAGCAGCAUGGCUGGACUGAAGUGGAUGGACUCCUGGGAGUUCUAGGCCACAACAGUGACACAAAUGAUGGGACGUGUAGCAACUGUUCUGAAAAAACAAAACAAAAACGUUUACGUCCUUCACAGAUCUAUGGUCCUAACUGUUCAUCGGGUCCAGAUUCAUUUAUUUAAUUAAGAUCCUUCUCAAGUAUUUAUGUGUCCUGACAUUGUGACAAGUCAAGAACUCAAAUGAGUGCAAUAUAAAACUCUUAAAUGUUGGGACACAUCACCAAAUGGCCUUAAGUCACAUCAACAUGCAACAUCUAGAACUUUUUACAGUGUGUGAUAAACUGUACGUGUGAUGGUAUUAAGCUAAAGUGCCUGAAAGGGUUCAUUAAUCAUUCAAGUGUGAAUUGUGACUGUUUAACAAGUAUCAGUUUACAAAACUGUUUUGUUACAACAUUUUACUUGAACUCACAGAAUUCUGCUACUGUGUGUGUGAUUGUCAGUGUUAUCGUUGUCAGUACUGCAGUGUUUUUGGACACUACUGAGUGAUGGUUGUGUACAUUUCUGUGUGGUCAAUAAAGUGAAAUAUUCUUGUAGUAUUUCAUUUCAUCUUAU